AUGUCAAUUGGUGUCGCCAUCAUCGGCAGUGGCAAUUUUGCCAAGGAACAGCAUUUGCCUGCGGUUCAAGCUACCCCCGACCUUGCCCUGAAGGCCAUCUACUCCAGAUCCUUGAAAUCAGCGAGAGAUCUCGCGAGCGGAGCUCCCAAUUGUGACCUCUACUCUGACGACUCUGGCCAUGGUAAAACCUACGAGGACCUCCUGGCCCGCUCAGAUAUCGGUGCCGUGAUCAUUGGUCUUCCGAUCCUUGUUCAGCCUGGUUUUAUCAAGAAAGCUCUCUUCGCAGGUAAACAUGUGCUUUCGGAAAAGCCUAUCGCCAAGGAUGUCAUUGCGGCGCGAGAACUUCUGCAAUGGUACCAGACCACAUGCGACGUGCACCAUCGGAUCUGGGCCGUGGGGGAGAAUUUCCGCUACAUGACCAAGUUCCUCUUCGCUGCGGAGAAGGUACACGCCAUGGGGAAGGUUCGACGGUUCAGAGUGAAUGUGCAGAGUCUGGUUCAACAGGAUAAUCGGUAUUACUUGACUCCCUGGCGCAAGUCACCGGGCUAUCAGGGCGGAUUUCUUCUGGAUGGAGGCGUGCACAUGCUUGCCGGUCUCCGUAUGAUUCUUGGCCCCAACGACCGAGUGACGGCUGUCUCUGCACAGACUCGGCAAUUACAAGAAUACCUGCCGCCCAUUGACACCGUUGACGCAGUCGCUCAGACGGAAUUGGGAGCUACGGGCACCAUUUCACUUUCUUGGGGAUCUCGGUACAACGACAGUCUUUUCGAAUUCGAAUGCGAAAAGGGAAUGGUGAAAAUCCAGUUCGACGACGUCAUGGUCAAUGAUGAGGUUCACCACAUUGAGUUUGACGGCAAAGGCGUGGUCCCCGAAGUCAAGGAAUUUGCUGAGAGCAUUCUCCGUGGAGGGCCCGUGGUGAACAGACAAUCCCCAGAAGAAGCGUUGGCAGAUCUGUCACUUUUGGAGCAGAUGUUGAAGAGUGGAGAGAAGAAUGGUGACCGGAUGAUGCUACAUUUCCAGGUUAAGGAGUGA